AAAAGAAAUUGAGAGUACCCUAACGAGAUUAAAGAAGGCUGAAAGAGAGAUUGGUGUUAAAGAAAAAGAACUAAUAGAUAGAGAAGAAAAGAUUAGAGUUCGAGAGAAGAAUUUAGAACAACAGUUUAAAGUUGUGCAAUUAGAUAAUCAUGAUGUAAAAACAUGGAGAGAGGUUGAUGUGCAUCAAUGGGUAAUGUUACUAGGCAACAAUGGUCAUACGUGUGAUUUAGCUCAAUAUGCUGACUUAUUUUUAGCCAAUAAUAUAACUGGUAGAAGAUUGUUGAAAUUACAGCAAACUGAUUUAUGUGAUAUGGGAAUAACUAGUGUAGGCCAUUAUGUUGAUUUACAUAGUGAGAUUGAAUUAUUGAAAGCUCAUAAUUAUCGUUUAUUAAACUUCCCUCCAUUAUCACCGAUGGAGAUAAAACAAGUGUCAUCUGAACCGGAACCGGGUUUAUUAACCGUCCCACAUCGAACCAUUAGUUUAACUUUGAUAUUUGGUCAUCACAUACGUCACGGCAAAUCAUUGGAGGACCAUAAAUGGAAGAUGUAUGUAGAAGUAGAUGAGAAUGAAGAUAAGAGUGAUACACCAGAAGACAGUAUUAAUCCAUUAAUAUAUAUCAAUAAUGUUACUUUCAUCUGUAAAGCUCCUGCCUUUGGUACAUUCAAAAUAAAACAGCCACCAUUUAUAAUGGAGAAAUGGUGUGUUGGAAUUGUGGAAGGAAUGACUAUUGAAUGUAUAGUUACAUAUGAAUCCACAGUUGAAAGUCCAAAAACCACCAGACAUCUUCACCAGAUUUCCACCCAUCCUGAUUCUAUACAGCAGACUAUUACCUUAUCAUUAGAACCUAUUAAAACAUCACCCACAAUAGAUGUACCUUAUUCUCCAGUCCGGUCCAAAUCUUACAGUACACCAGCUCUACGUGGUGCCUGGGCCAACAGAUUCUAUGAGAAAGAUGUUGUAAUUAAAGACAAUAAAAAGGGUCCAGAUGAAUGGUCUAGUAUAGUUAUGGGAAGAAAACCAUCUAUAACCAGUUUAGGAUCAUUACAACCCAAACCUGUACCAGGAUCUAAUGCAGUUCUUCAACCAUCAUAUGACUCUUCAGCAUCUUUGAUCUCUAUUUUAUCUCGUCAGAGUUCUCGAGCUAGAUCUCCUUCAGUUGAUACCAAUGCUGGUAGUGGACGGAAUUCACCUCGGGUGAAGUUUGCUGUAGGUGAUGAUGAAACAUCCAAUAGCAGUUCCAGUGGUUUCAGUGAACAUCACUCUAAUUCCUACGCAGAAGCCUGCCGGAAAAAAGGGACCCCUGGAAAUCAAUAUUUUGCAAGUAAUAGUGCAUCAUCAUCUUUGAAAAAUGGACCACUAAGAAGCAUCCAAGGUUAUUAUCAUAACAUUGAUAGGCAAGUUUCUGCACCUCAAGCUAGAAGAUCUAGGGAUGGUUUUUUGGAUGGUAAGUGGAACAAUAGUGAGCCCUCUUUUAAUAAACAAAUGUUGUUGAAGACCAUUGACAUUCCUAAGAGACAAGUUGCUAGUGGUGACCCCGUGGACAGGUCUUCAAAACAUCCUCAAUUCCAUGGCAACAUUCCAAAGAAGAUCAAUCCACCUCAAGAGCGUCACACAGCUUACAACCGAGGAAAACGUGAUGGUAACCAGCGACCACCUGGUAGUCAAGGGUAUCAGACGUCUUCUUCUAGGUAUAAGGGAGGUCACUCUGCAAACCCACAUACUGUGGUCCCCUCUACCAAUAAUCCACUUUCUCCAACCAAAAACCAAAGUGCCAAACCUAAAGAUAGUUCAGUAAAGGAUGGAAAGGAACAGACUGAAGAGUGGGUAACAGUGGAAAGACGCAAAAAGAUCCAAGAUGAGCCUAUAUCCAGAAGUAAACCAAAGGGUAAAAAUAGGGGACGUUAA